UCAACCCUAACUAAAAACAGCGUGAAAUUUGAGAAAAAUAUUUGGGGGAAAAGUGUAAUUACCCAUUUCAGAAUUUGCCCUCGGCCGAAACCGAUGACCUUGCUUGGAUCGUCUUCUCUCUUCUCAAUCUCGUCUCUGAACCAAGUCCGCCAUUGACGCGGCUCCUCCGAGUUCCGCCCCCCAAUUUUCCGAUCCGAGAAAAUGUUGUUUGGUUAGAAAACGAAAGAAAAAGCAGAAGAAAAAACUCAAGAACAAGAUGAGGUCUUCUUCUUCAGGAAGAAUCAACAUCGCCUCAAGUGCUCAGAGGCUCGAUGUCGACAAUCGAAUCUCUCUCCGAUACUACUUUCGGAUUGCUGAUAAUAUCCUCAAACAGGCUGACAUCUUCCGAGAAGAGGACAACAUUAUAGAUCUAUAUGUCAUGCUUCUAAGGUUUUCAAGUCUGGUCACUGAGACAAUACCAUGCCAUCGAGAAUAUAGAGCAUUUCCACAAACCAAUAAAUCUUAUUUGAAGAAGAGAUUAUUGAAUGCCAUGGGUGAACUGGAGACACUGAAGCCAAAAGUGCAAAAUAAGAUUGACGAGUUAAACAGAAAACAUACAUAUCAAGCAAAUGGAUGGGGUCAUCUUCCUCAAAACAGUUCAUUUGAUUCUUCACUGGAGUGGCCUCCUAUCAAAAAGCAAAGCAUUACUAGUUAUGCUAUAACAAAGACACCACGCCUUGCUGCUCAAGAAUAUGUGUAUCAAGGUUCAAGGCCUCAGCAGUAUUCACUUGCCAAGCCGGUAGAAGAUCAAUUUCGCAGAUUUUCACUAACCAUUCCCCGUCCAAAGGAGGAAACUCUUUCAAGACAUUCUAUUUUGGGUCCAACUGGGCUCCACGGGCAGUGGCAACCUCCUAGUAGUGAUAAAAGGGUCCAAUAUCCAAUAAAUAUAGACUUCACUCCUGUUGAAAUUCCAAGGGAAAACAGCCUGCAGCAAGCCCCAGAAAAUGGAGUGUUGACCGAAAAAGUCUCUAACAACUCAGAACCCGAAAGAUCAAGUGUGGAAGCAAUUCUUCCUUUAAAUGAUGAUAAUAAGAUGCAUCAUGCUGAGGAACCUGGCUCCUUGAUUUCCUUUGAACCAAUUGAAAUGCCUUUGCAAACAAAUAUUAUCAGACAGCCUUCUCCUCCUCCUGUUUUAGCAGAAGUACAAGAUUUGAUUCCUGCUUCACCAGCAGUUACUGAGACACUAUAUGGAAUGGAUAAUUCCUUGCCUGAUGGUUUAGCGUCUUCAGAAUCUCCAUUGCAAUUGCACAUUUCAACAAAAUUGAUGGAUAGCUUCAUGAAGAUGGCGAAGUCAAAUACAGACAAAAAUUUAGAAACUUGUGGUGUUCUUGCAGGUUCACUUAAAAACCGGAAAUUUUAUGUGACGGCACUUAUCAUUCCGAAGCAAGAAUCAACAUCAGAUUCGUGUCAAACCACAAAUGAAGAGGAAAUAUUUGAAGUGCAGGAUAAACAAUCUCUUUUUCCCCUUGGGUGGAUUCAUACACAUCCUACGCAGUCUUGUUUCAUGUCCUCAAUUGAUGUUCACACUCAUUAUUCAUAUCAGAUUAUGUUGCCAGAAGCUAUUGCAAUUGUUAUGGCACCAAGAGAUAGUUCAAAAACCCAUGGUAUUUUCCGGUUAACCACUCCAGGUGGCAUGGGAGUUAUAAGACAAUGUCCGCGGCGCGGCUUUCAUCCACAUGACCCACCUCCAGAUGGUGGGCCAAUUUACAAACAAUGUACAGAUGUGUAUAUGAAUCCUGACAUAAAGUUCGAUGUUAUUGAUCUACGGUGACUACGGUCACCACAAACAUUUGGGUACCGAUCCACAAACAUAUUGUUUCGGCUACCAUGCGAGUGUAAUUAUCAGCAUUACAAAUGAAAUUGGUCUAUGAGACCUCAAUACUUUCUGUAAAAGGGGGAAAGAUUGGUAGCCUGCUUUAUAUGUCAUUCAGUCGUAAAUUGGAAUUUUCAUUUUGAUUUGAUCAA